AUGGGUGGCUACCCUUCUCACGAUGCGCCGAACUUUCUGUUCGCGACGGCGGCGCAGCAUCCCAACAACGGCGGCACGACAGAGGUAUGUCUCGUUCCCCUUCUGCGGCGUCACUUCAACGAUACAAACAGGCGACUGAAAGAUGCGGUGGCGCAGCUCUAUUUUGACGGUCCACCCAACACGACCGCGCUCGCCCUCCAGGCAAUGCAGAACGGCAUUUCCUCGAACUGCACCACGCCCGACCUCUCAGCGCAGACAUCCCUGCACAAUAUAAGCGACACAGCAGGCGGUGUCAUCCCUUCCGCCGGCCCACCGCCACCGGCGCUCAACGCCACCUUCGCCAGCAGCGGGAACCUCGACGCCAGCGCCGAGACGAAACGAAAGGCUGUGCACGCGUACAAGGCCAUGGACCAGCUGCUGAACGAGAUUGAGGCAUCUUUCUUUACAGCAACUCGUGUCGUGUACGAUUCCGCGGGACAGGCCAACGCGAAGUUGCACGAGAAGCGCAUGGCCUCAAUCAAGGGCAUGGACAGCGCAACGAGCCCAAAGGUUGGCCCGGAGGUGGGUGGGUCUGUGAAGGGGGAUCUGGCGGCUCCUCGUGCCAUCGGCAGCUCUUCUCGUGCAUCGCUCUCGUCGCAGCAGUCGAUGACGCCUCCCCAGCCUCCAAUGCUGCGGCCGGUGCCGUGCGCGGUAUGCACCAUCGAGCCGGACACGUCGGGCCGUCGAGGCUCGUCAGGGCAGCAGAACUCCACGAGCCCCAACGGCGCUAAGGGCAACAACACUCUGACAGCGCUGAAUGUUCCGACUCCGACAACGGGCCCCAACGGACUCCAGAUGUCCGGCUCCAGCGGCAGUGUUGGCAGCAUUCCGUCCUCGCCGGAGUGGGUGACUGUGCAGGGCCGUCGCCUGCGCUGCAUUGGGUACCUCUCGUGCUUUUCGAAGCCGCGAACCGUCGACCACGAGUCGAAGGAGGUCUACGGACCAGAGUCAAAGCCGCCCCUGCACGUGCUGCGCAUCAACGAGUGUGGCUCCAAGGGCCUGGACGUGGCAUUCGAACUAAUCUUCGAGAACGAGUACAAGUACAUGCACCUGCUGGAGCCGGUCGUCUUCUUGGCCAGCAUAAUGUUCCGCUCUCAGUACCUGACCAGCAGCAUGCUGCAGCGUCCCGUCCACUCCCCUGAGGUGGAGAACGCUUACUACACACACCUGCAGCUGCUCAACAUUCAUGUAAUGCUGCCAAAAGACCGGGUGCACCAGCUGAAGGUACUACAGGAGCAGCUGCCGCUCCUGGACUUUGUGGAAGAGAUGGGUCUUAGCGAGCGGCACCUCGCCGCGAGCGUCGGCGGUGAGAUGGCCUCCUGCGGAGGUGGUGCACCUUCCCUGGAGAAGGCGCUGACGGUCGGCAGCAUUUCGGCAGAAAUUAUCACUGCCGCGACGGCGGACGGAGAAGCCCCGACGAAGACCGACAGCGACACCCUGGUGCAGACCGUUGUCAGUGACGGUGGCGAGGUGGCGAAGCCGCAGCGGCAGGCCCGCGGCGACGACUCCGAGGACAGGGAGCACUCCGAUGUAGACGAUGACGGGCACAGGAGCGGGGAAGCUGGCGCGGUCACCGAUGUCGCAGCGGUGGAGAAGGCAGUGAAGAAAAGGGAAGAUGGUGAGAACGAAGACGGGGACGCGGCCGACUCGACACGCAACACCACGGCAGAUUGGGAGAAAGAUGCGAAGCCCAGCAACGCCUCGGCUCCUACGGCCAGUCGUCGCACACGCCGCAGCCGCCGCCGCCAGCGCAAACAGAAGACGGCCGAGCCGCAAGACGAGAUCUACCGCAGGACGCACUGCACCAUGCCUGAAGUUUCCUUGUACGAGUUGAGUUCUGGCGAGCGUGGUAUUGAGGUCAUCUUUGAUGGCGCGCUGCUCGCGCGCAUGAUGAAGCUGAUUGCCGAGACGGCCGCGUACGAGACGGUCAAGAACUCCUUCAUUCGGUGUGAUAUGGGGCCGCUGAUGAAGGAGCGCCGUCAUCUCAACCAGAGUCGCCGCGAAGCACUGCAAGAGGAGGGCAGCCUCGAGCGCGAGGAGCACGUGAUGGGAAGCACGAUUGUCGCCGCCACGGUGCGCCACUGGGUGAAGGAGGGCCUUGCUGCCGAGGAGGAGAAGCGCAAGAAGGCGCAGGCAGCAGCAGCGCACGCAGAGCAAGCGCAACACGCCGCAACCACCCAGGCCGCGGCCGCUGCAGCGGCCCAAACCCACCCACUACCGCCCCCGCAGGCGGCGCAGAUGCUGCACAACCUCCCUGCGAUGCACGCCAACAUAGUGCAGGGCGUUGCACCGAACGCGCUGACGGGGCCUGCGGCACCCACAACUGCUGGGCACCCGUUACUCGCUGCGCAGGCGGCAGCGAUGGGGCAAAACCCAACCAUGCUGCGUAUGGGCAUGGUGCCGUCCAACCAGUCGACUGCGGCGGCAGCCCCGACCACGGCUGCCACCGCGGGUGCCCCCAUGCUCAUGUACGUGGCCGGCGUCGGUUACGUGCAAGUGCCGAGCAACUCCCGAGUCUUGACGGCGCCAGCCGCGCCGACGCAGGCGGCGCACCCGGCAUACGUGAUCAACCCGGCAACGGGUCAGCCGAUGAUGGUGGCUCCUCAAGCCGCAUCCGCAGGCGCCACCAGCGCCUCUGGCACACCCCCGCAGCCGCCACAGAUGAUGGCCUUUCCAUCUAUGAUGCACAUGUACAACGUACCCCAGCAACAACAGCAGAUGAUAGGGGCCUCGCAACAGUACUUUGCUGCUCAAGCAGCGCCGCAGGCAGUGCAGCAGUCGCAGCAGCAGUACCAGUACAUGAUGGGUCCUGGCGGGCAACUGCUGAUGGUGCCGGUGGCGUCCGCGCCAACGGCGCAGGCAGUGCAGCAGCCACAGCAGCAGCAGCCGUUCAUGAUGACCACUAUUCCACCGCAGCAAGCCCCGCAAAUGCAACCGCAGCAAGUGUACAUGAACCCUUACAUGAUGCCUGGCGUGAUGAAUAUGGCCGCCGCGCAGCAGCAAGCGCAACAGCAAGGACAACAAGCUCAACAGCUCGCCCAGCAGCAAGCGCAGCAGCAGGCUCAAUAUCACGCUCAACAGCAGGCCCAGCAACAAGCACAGCACCAGGCCGAAGGGCAGAAGGCUUACCAGCAGUUCAUGGAUGCACAGGAGGAACUUCAGCUGUUACGCCAGCUCCAGCAGCAGGCUCAACUGGCCCAGCAGGCGCCUCUCAACGAGCAGCAGCAGGCACAACUCCUGAAGCAGGCGCAGAUGAUGCUGCAGGCUCGGCGGGCCCAGCAGGCUCAUGCUCAGCAACAACAAGCACAGCAUCAGGCCCAGCAGAUGGCUCAGCAGCAGCAGGCCAUGGCCAGCAUGGCGGCGGGAGGCAGCUCACAAACCUUCAGUCCGCAGAGCGCCUCUCGCACACCGGCCUCUACGCCACCGCAGCAAGGCAGCGCCGCCGCGCCGCCAGCAUCGUACAACGCAGUACCCGGCUCUGUCAUGCCACCACUGCCACACAUGCAGGGAAUGCAACACACGAGCAUGCAAAACAUGUACGCUCAUGCCCAGCAGCAGCAGCAGCAGCCCGCGCCCACCUCAAAUGCGUCUGGCAAGGAGGUCUCAGCGUCAGGGCCGGCGGCAAGUGCGGCUAACACGAGCGCCAAGUCAACCGCAACCAAUGCCGGGGCCGCUUCUGCUGGUGUUGCGGAAGUGAUCGGCGAUCAGGUGACCACCCCAGCAGCGGCGAAUCCGCAUCUGAAGACGAACCCGUACAGUUUUGCCGCAAUCAACGACGACGAAGACGACGCCGCCGUCGCGCUGGCGGCUGCGACGGCUGCAAUGGAAGCUAUCCGCGGGCACGGCGGCAUCGACCGCGACGACGACGAGGACGAGGACGGAAGCCAGUUUUUCUCAAACGGCCAGUUUUUCUUCCGCGCCCAGUAG